AAUUGGUAGUACUCCUUUUUUAAAAGAAAUGCUUGGUUUCUCACAUCCUGGUGAUGAAGAUUCAGUAGUUUGUAACCAAAUGUGAGCGCUUAGAUGUGUUUCAAUCCAUGGACAAUGCCGUUGCUUACUGUGAUGGAGGCAGGACCAUGGUUUUGACACUAGAUAGCCAAAGAAGACGUUAGCUGAUUUUAGAUUUUUAAUUAAUAAACACUGAUAAUAAAAACUCCCCAUCAGAAAAAGAAAAAGAAAAAGAAAUUGGUGUUUAGUCAAUCAACACUGGCCAGACACCAGUUACUCAAUUUGUGUUCCUUUCACCCCUUUCCCAGUGCAGUAUGAUUAUAUAGGCGAUGUCCCUGCACCCUGGCUUGUAUAUAAGGGCUUGUCCACAUAGAGUUGGAAUGCAGAUAUGGGGGCUAUGAUUUCUAAAGCGCACUAAUGUGUUGUGCCUGAUUCUCCUGGUGUUGUGCAUUAACAUGCACACUAAAGAGUGCUUUACUGUAGUGCUGUUUGACACAAUACGUUAAUGUGCCCUCGGGAACAAUGCACUACAUGCUAAACCAGGGCUUCAAUAACAAGGAUUCAAAGCUUAAACUAAUCUGUAAAUGUUUUUUAAAUAUAUAUAUAAUAAAAAUUAGCAUAGAUCCUACUUAGACAAGAAUUUUGGGUAGUACCCAAACCGCCUUCCCAUUACAGUGUCAAAGUGAGAGAAAUUUGCCAUUUCUGAACAUCUACAUAGCAUUCAAAAAUUUCUAAAAGUAACUUCCCGCAAAUGAAAUCAAUGAAUCCUGAAAAACAGAAGCCCUAGUUCUAUGUUAUGUCUGAAUUUGCCAAUUGGGGAGCACAGUAUGACUGCCUUGGCAUCUCUUAGGAUAUGUCUACACUGCAGCUAGUAGCAAACCUCCUAGCCCAGGUGGCCAGAUCUGCUGGAGCUAGGGUGUUAAAAAUAGCGGAGUGGAUGUUGCAACAUGGGUGGCAUCUCAGGCUAGUGACCCCCCCCAUGUUUAUGUACUGCCCCCAGUUGCUAUAGCCUCUGUGGUGCCAGUCCUUGACUAGCGCAUGGGAACACUGGUAAAGCCAAGAGUUCAAACACCACAAGACAGAUUAAAUUAACCCCAGAAGGUCUAUUUCCAAGGGCAUGAGCCCCUGACCUGGUGCAGGUAUCCCUAUCCUACAAACAUAUAUGAUGGCAUCAUGCUGAAAAGUGCAGGAUACUGACAAGCAUACUCCCUGUGGGGUCAAUCAAUGAUGCACCCCCUUUUUUAAUGGGCAAUACUACCACAGACUUGACCACCUUCCCCUCAGCCAAACCUGGACAGAUAUUUACCUGCCCCCAGAUCCAGCUCAGCACUCUGUUUAUCUUAGAUUUGCUAUGACCCAACUUGCCUUAGGCCUUGAAGUAGAGCAAGCUGCUUUCUUUGCAGUGUCAUGUGCCCAGAGACGUGACCGUGCUGUGAGGAUGAAAGCUUCUUUCAACCCCCUGCCAAUUUCAGAAGACAACCAGUGGAGAGAUGGUUUCUUCUCGGUGCUUUUUCUUGUCUAGCUGGCCUGGUUGGUGGAUGGGACACACACAACCCGUUGAAUAAGAACUCCGGUUGUGCCACCAGCAUGAUACUCAGAGCACCAAUCCAAGUGUCUUGCCAGCUUGGUUCCACCGUACAACAGCAGUGGCUGGAACAGUGUAUUUGCUUUGCUUCUGGCAGAGGCUGCUAUUUGUCAGACAGAUUAUUCUUGUAAUAAUCUGAGCACCACUCAGCGUCACCAGGGUAUGCGAGGAAUGCGGAGGGAAAAGGGCACCUCCUUGGUGAGAGGCCUCGAGCAGGGAGAUUGCAUCUGAACAGAGAAACCUGUUUGAUCUUCCCCUGAAGGGCAAGACACACCCACAUCUCCUCCUCAGAACAAGGCUUGGCUUUUGGAAGCCAGCCCUAGCAGGUAACCCACUGCAGCUGCUGGGGAGUGUGAAGAAGAGACCUGCAGGAAGCUGGGGGAGACAGCUCCAGCCACUUCACACACCAUUCUCAAAUUCACCUUUGGGGGACACCUGAGCUGAAGAACUGCUACAGGUGGACCCAUUGCCUUGAACUGGGAACCGAAGUAGAAGAAAAUUUGAGAGAACCAUGAUGUCUCUUGGUGUCAGCAAAGGGGGUGUUAUUCCACCCAGUGAAGAAGAUCGCAAGAAGAUCAUCAGGCAGAUGAAGGUACGCACCACACUAAAAGGGGAUAAGAGCUGGAUCUACCCACAAAACUCAGACAAUGAGGAGGAGAUGAAGAGAAGCUCAUUGAACUUACCAUGUAGGUCUGGAAAGAUUGAUGGGGGAUCCCCAGCCUCAGCAUCUGUUACACCCCACGGUAACAGGUUGCCAGGUUCCAAGCCCACCUCCGGUUACCUCAUCAGGGGUGUGUUCACCAGGACCAUUGAAAAGACGUCGCCCGAGAGCACCUUCUAUUCCAAUGGCACGCAGAAAAGUGCUGCAGCUCAGGCUAAGAGUGCCAGCCUCCCUCGCUUCUCCUCCGGAUACAAGAUGACAACUGAGGAUUAUAAGAAACUGGCUCCAUUCAAUGUCAGGCAAAUAUCAGUGGACUCAGAUGAAGAGAAAACAGCUUUUUCCCCAGAUGAACAUAAGAAGAGGACAGAGGCAGCCAACAGUGUACUGAGGCGCACAGCCAGCAGGGAGCGCUCUUACGUCCUCUCUGCUGCCAAGAAAAGCAAUGGAAGCCCAACACAAGAAGUACCACCCUUCAUUGCCAAGAGUGUUGAGAUUGAGGAGGAAGGAGGACUGCACAUGCAGAAUCAGACCCUUCCGGCUUCAUCAAGGUUUGGUCUUGGUGGCAAAAGUAUCAAUGGGGAGAGAAAGAGACCAACUGGGUCUUCCUGGAGUAAGCCAAAGCCAAUGACUGCUGUUUCCACCACAAGCUUUGACACAGACAGUAAGAGCCAAGCCACCAGAUCCUGGAGUGAAAGCACAUCGCAGAUCUCCAGUUACACUGAAAUCAGUGACAAAGUGGAUGAGGAGAAGCCUGUUGAGACUUCUCCAGCUGAAGCAACAACAACCAAACCCACUCUGGCUACGGGCAGAAGUGACAAACCAGUUAAAGAGGAGCCUGACCUGAUCUCCUGGGAUGAAUCGGUUCCAAAAGCCACCACCAUUUCCACGGGGGAAAGGUCCAGCCCCCGAUCUAGAGACAUUCCCGCACAUCCCACUGAUGCCAGAUUCACAGCCCCUGGAUAUCUGGGUGAUGCAGAAUGUGACCCUAAAAGAUCUGUCCCAGGCUAUGAGGAGGGACGCCCCACAAGAGAGGUCAGAUAUGAGAGUACCAGAGCCACAGAGCACAAAGAGCCUGAACUGAAUGUGACAAGGUCCAGCCCUUCAUCUGGAGACAGCAGUGCUGUUAUCCAAGAGGUCCGACACAGAGUUCCCAUGCACCUGGAUGAUGAAGAAUUUGACUUCAACAGCAGGUCCAGCUCUCAUUCUACAGAAAGCAAUGUUACUACCACUGACCCAAGACAUGGAAUCCCUGUGUGUAUGGAGGAUGGGGAAUUGGACCCGGAAAGGCUUUUUCCCUUGAAGGGCAAUACUGAGGAUGCUGAGAAUGAGAACAUAUCUGCUACCCAGUCUGAGCCUCCUACCACUAGAAAGCACACUGAGCCUGACGAGAACAUGGCACAGCUUCCCUCAGCUUCAAGUGAGAGGAUCUCCAUGUCUACUGCCAGCUUUCAGUACCACAGCCCAUCAGCCAUGGGACACAAGUCCAACCCCAGCACUGCAAGCAAAGGGAUCCUCUUUGUGAAGGAGUACGUGAACAGCCGUGAGUUAUCUCCCACUCCACACUACAGCAGUGACAGCUUGAUUGAUUUGUCUGACAUAGAGAGAGCAAGCUACCUGCACAGCAGUGCCUCCCAGAGGUCAUGUGAAGGAGUCUGCACUUACUGUGGCCGUGAGAUCCGAGACUGCCCUAAGAUAAUGAUAGAACAUCUCAAUGUUUACUGCCAUGAAUACUGCUUUAGGUGUGGGAUUUGCCAUAAGGCAAUGGGAGACCUCCUGGAUAAAAUAUUCAUUCAUCGUGACAUUGUCCACUGUGACCAGUGCUAUGAGAAGCUCUUCUAGAUCUUGAAGAACUGAAGGAGCCAGCCAGUUGGAAGACUUCAGCAGUGUACAUGGGAAUGUAUCCAGCAGUGCCUGACUGGCUAAGAUACCAAAUCUCCUGCUCCCCCUUUCCUGGAGUUAUUUCCCUCUCACCAUCUCAUCACAAUGAAUGAGUUUAACAUCCAUUAGUUUAUUAGUCAAGGAUCUACAACCUAUCCUGAAGGACGAUCCCUCGCUCUCACAGACCUUGGGAGACAGGCCAGUCCACACUUACAGACAGCCCCCCAACUUGAAGCAAAUACUCACCAGCAACUACACACCAC